GCUCCCGUUCACAAAGUUACCAAGAUUGGUUUCCCUUCCACGACACCGGCCAAAGCCAAGGCAGCCGCUGUGAGGCGAGUGAUGGCCACCACACCUGCCAGCCUGAAGCGCAGCCCUUCUGCCUCCUCCCUCAGCUCCGUGAGCUCAGUGGCCUCCUCUGUGAGCAGCAAGCCCAGCAGGACGGGAUUAUUGACUGAAACCUCCUCCCGGUACGCCAGGAAGAUCUCCGGCACCACUGCCCUCCAAGAGGCCCUGAAGGAGAAGCAGCAGCACAUUGAGCAGCUGCUGGCUGAACGGGAUCUAGAGAGGGCGGAGGUGGCCAAGGCCACGAGCCACGUGGGGGAGAUAGAGCAGGAGCUAGCUCUGGCUCGGGAUGGACACGAUCAGCACGUCCUGGAAUUGGAGGCCAAGAUGGACCAGCUGCGAACAAUGGUGGAGGCGGCUGACAGGGAGAAGGUGGAGCUUCUCAAUCAGCUCGAAGAAGAGAAAAGGAAAGUUGAGGAUCUUCAGUUCCGGGUUGAGGAAGAAUCCAUUACCAAAGGCGAUCUUGAGCAAAAGAGCCUGAUUUCUGAAGAUCCUGAGAAUACGCAGACCAAACUGGAGCAUGCCCGCAUUAAGGAGCUUGAACAAAGCCUGCUCUUUGAAAAGACCAAAGCUGACAAACUUCAGAGGGAGUUAGAAGACACUAGGGUGGCGACAGUGUCUGAGAAGUCUCGCAUCAUGGAACUAGAAAAAGACCUGGCGUUGAGAGCACAGGAGGUAGCCGAGCUCCGGAGAAGGCUUGAGUCCAGUAAACCUGCUGGUGAUGUGGAUAUGUCACUUUCCCUUCUGCAAGAGAUAAGCUCUUUGCAAGGAAAGUUAGAAGCCAUCCAUACCGACUACCAGAAAGAAAUAACUUCUCUCAAGGACCAUUUUGGAGUCCGUGAAGAAACACACCGGAAGGAGAUGAAGGCCCUACACACCGCAGCAGAGAAGCUUUCCAAAGAGAACGAGUCACUGAAAAGCAAGCUCAAUCACGCCAACAAGGAGAACUCAGAUGUGAUUGCCCUGUGGAAGUCCAAGCUGGAGACCGCCAUCGCCUCCCACCAGCAAGCAAUGGACGAGCUGAAGGUAUCCUUUAGCAAGGGGGUUGGUGCGGAGACGGCAGAACUGGCAGAGUUAAAAACACAGAUAGAUAAACUGAGACUAGAUUAUCAGCAUGAGAUAGAAAAUUUGCAGAACAAGCAAGAUUCUGAACGGUCGGCUCAUGCGAGAGAGAUAGAAGCCUUACGGUCUAGUCUGAUGGAGGUCAUCAAAGGGAAGGAGAACAGCCUGGAGGCCAUGAAAUCGAAGCUGGACAGAGCUGAAGACCAGCACCUGGUUGAAAUGGAAGACGCGCUAAACAAACUGCAGGAUGCGGAAAUAAAGGUAAAGGAGCUAGAGGUACUGCAAGCCAAAUGCAAUGAACAAGCCAAGGUGAUUGAUAAUUUUACAUCACAGUUCAAGGCGACCGAAGAGAAGCUCUCGGAUCUUGAUGCACUUCAGAAAGCCAGUUCUGAAGGUAAAUCGGAAAUCGAGAAACUUAGACAACAACUUGAGGCAGCCACAAAUCAAAUUAAAAAUUUAGAGAUGGCAAGGAAUGCUGAGAGUGGCAAGGCAAGUAGCAUUUCCCGAGAGCUCCAGGGGAAAGAGCUUAUGCUUACUAACCUUCAGGAACGUUUGUGUGAAGUCAGUCAAGUGAAAGAGACCUUGGAGAAGGAGCUUCAGACUUUGAAAGAAAAGUGUGCUGCAGCUUCAGAGGAGGCGGUCUCUACUGAGAGAAGCAUGCAAGAAACUGUAAACAAAUUACACCAAAAAGAAGAGCAGUUUAAUGCGCUGUCCUCCGAACUGGAGAAGUUGAGAGAAAACUUAGCAGAUAUGGAGGCAAAAUUUAGAGAGAGAGAUGAAAGGGAAAUUCAUUUAGUAAAGGCGAAGGAAAAACUGGAAGGUGACAUUGCAGAAAUAAUGAAGAUGUCAGGAGAUAAUUCUUCUCAGCUGACGAAAAUGAAUGACGAAUUACGUCAGAAAGAAAAAUAUGUAGAAGAAUUGCAGCAAAGACUCACCAAGGCCAACGAUAAUGCAAAUAUCCUACAAAAGAGCAUUGGGGAGGUGACCCUCAGAGCUGAACAGAGCCAGCAGGAAGCAACCAAAAAGCACGAAGAAGAAAAGAGAGAAUUGCAGAAGAAAUUGUCGGACCUGGAAAAGAGGAUGGAAGUGAGCCACAACCAGUGUCAGGAUCUGAAGACCAGGUACGAAAAAGCUAGUUCUGAAUCGAAAACCAAACAUGACGAGGCUCUGCGGGACUUGCAGAAGGCACUGCAGGACAUGGAGAGGAGGCUGAAGGCAGCGCAGGAGGACAACAGUGACCUGUUACAGGAGAUGGAGGAGCUGAAAAAACAAGCUGACAAAGCCAAAGCUGCCCAAAGCACAGAAGAAACCAAGGAGAUCAUGGAACAGAUGACCAAAGAGAAGACUGAGACCCUGGCCUCCUUGGAAGAUACCAAGCAAACAAAUGAAAAACUCCAGAAUGAAUUGGACACACUUAAAGAAAACAACUUGAAAAAUGUGGAAGAACUGAACAAAUCAAAAGAACUUCUGACUGUAGAGAAUCAAAAAAUGGAAGAAUUCAGGAAAGAAAUAGAAACCCUAAAGCAGGCCGCUGUUCAGAAGUCCCAGCAGCUCUCAGCACUGCAGGAAGAGAACGUCAAACUUGCAGAGGAGCUGGGGAGGAGCAGGGACGAAGUCACAAGUCAUCAAAAGCUGGAAGAAGAGAGGUCUGUGCUUAACAGUCAGUUGUUAGAGAUGAAAAAGAGAGAAUCCAUGUACAUAAAAGACACAGAUGAAGAGAAAGCCUCUUUGCAGAAAUCCAUCAGCAUCACUAGUGCCUUACUCACGGAGAAGGAUGCGGAACUGGAGAAGCUGAGGAGUGAGGUCAUAGUGCUGAGGGGAGAGAACGCCUCUGCCAAGUCCUUGCACUCGGUGGUUCAGUCUCUGGAGUCUGAUAAGGUGAAGCUUGAGCUAAAGGUCAAGAACCUGGAGCUUCAACUCAAAGAAAACAAGAGGCAGCUCAGCAGCUCCUCAGGUAAGACGGCACCCCCAGGGCCUGUGGCAGGGGAGCAGUUCCAGGGAGGGGAUGAGAGACAGCUGACGAUUGAUUUCCUAAACUCAGUCAUAGUGGACCUCCAAAAGAAGAAUCAAGACCUCAAGAUGAAGGUUGAGAUGAUGUCAGAGGCAGCCCUCAACGGCAACGCGGAGGACCUGACUUCCUAUGACAGUGAUGACCAGGAGAAGCAGUCCAAGAAGAAGCCUCGCCUUUUCUGUGACAUUUGUGACUGCUUUGAUCUCCACGACACGGAGGACUGUCCUACCCAGGCACAGAUGCCCGAGGACCCCCCCCACUCCACACACCAUGGAAGCCGAAGCGAACAGCGACCCUACUGUGAUAUUUGUGAGGUGUUCGGGCACUGGGCAACCAACUGCAAUGACGAUGAGACCUUCUGAUAAAGCCCGACACUGAGCUGCCCCAGAUCGCUCGGUGCCACAGCUUAACGCCAGCAUCAUGUGGGCAGACUUCCGGAGAACUCAUGUUAUUUUUUACCGUCCCCAUAAGCAAAUCUAAGAAAAACUAUUUUGGUGUUCAACAAAUGCCCCUUUUAGUCUCCCCUUACUAUACAAUAGAAUCAAAUAAAUGCUUAGCAGGUGAGUUUUCACCUCUAACAUUGUCGCCUCAGUUUUUGGAAGUUUGACUAAGACAUUGCACCAGAUGCCAUUACAGGUAUUGCUCCUCACAGAACGAUCCCUGCCCUGCUCCAGACCUUAUUUAAACAACUUUAAAUUAUGCUGUUACUUUUCCGAUUUGCACUAAAAUAUUUCCAGGCUGCAUUUGUAUAUUUAGAUUAUUAUUAUUGUUGUUGUUGUUUGGGUUAAGCUUUGACACUGGAAUGAGCUGGGGGAAAGGUGCCAUUUGGCAUUGCCAUGUACUUAUGUAAAGGGUUCUCUUCCAAAUCAAAGACACAGCUGAGCUCUUUGCACUCCGUGCUGUCAGCAGUGUCUUUACUGCAGACUUCUUGAUAAUAUUCAGGGCUGAUUGCAGAAUCAUGAACCAGAUCUGGGAGGGGGGUCCCCAAACUGCUGUGGGCAUGAUUUAUAAUCUAUAUGCUGCACCCACUUACUCUACUGUGGUGUUUGGUUUAUUGGUUUUGCAUAAUUUCUGCUUCUAUAUAUUAUAUGUAUAUAUUUUUAAAAAUCUAUAUUUUGAGAAAAAUACACAAUGUGUCUUUCUUUUUCAGAUUUUUACCUUUAUGAAGGGGGAAAAAAGCAGAAACAAAACACUUACAAUGUUCAUCAAGACAUAACAGACUAGGCCAGAACAGCAUCACGUGGCUUGGCAACUCGUUUGUUUGUUUCCAUUUUGUUUGUCAGAUUCAAUAGCUGGGAAGGAGGGUGAUCUCCAAAAAAGAACAAUUCUUCUUUGUCUAACAGAGAUCCCCAGGUGUCAACUAAUUCUGUAAUAAGCCACUAUAAAACAUUCAAAUUAACCAGUAUACAGUCUUCCUUGAUGAGUAUUUAUUCACUGUGUUUUCAGAGGAAUGUACGAUGAGAAAUUCAACAUUGAUAAUUUUGGAUUUUCUUAUCACAAAAAAUAAAAUGAAGGACCUCAACCACUAGGCCAGUUUGUCAGCCAAUUGGAAUCUAUUUAUGUCUCCAUUUGAAUGUCUUCGAAUCUGUACAAAGUAAUAAAUUGUAUCUUCCAUGCUACAUGUAAAAUAAGAACUUCUAUAAUUGUACAUAUUCCUUUGCUGUAUUUUCCCCUUCAAAAAUGAUCAACUGUGUGUUUUGACAAGUGAGUACUAAAUACAUCUGUAAGCAGUUGGAUUUUUUUGGUUAUUAACAUAGAGGAAUUGUUUCACAAAAAGAAAACAUGUAAAACAGUAUUAAAAUUUCAGCAAACAAAUGUCCUGUAUCAACUUUAAUAAACAGUAUUCUUUUUCGGC